CCUAUGUGGGACUCCAGGCUGCAUCAUAAGGAUGGUGUAGCACUUUCUACCGAUCAGAGCGGCUAUAUAUACACCAGCAAAUCGCUUGACUGCCAUUUCUUUCUCCGCUUCCAUGAUCCUGUCAAGAACAAAAGUUAUCAAUACCGGGCGAUGGGUCCUAAUUUAUCAGUACAUUGAUCAGACACCCUCUCAAUCUUACCACACUCACCGUUUGAACAACAGACACAACUCCAAAUCCAAGCCUGUUCAACGUCAUACACCGAGAAUCCCACGCCGACCAAUACCUUUCGUUACCGAUGUCAAAGAAGUACCAGACCCAGAUAAAGCAUUGUCUCUCUUUCACGAAUAUCAUCAAAUGGGUUUUAGACAUGAUUACCCCUCAUAUUCUGCUCUUAUAUACAAGCUCGCUCGCUCUCGAGACUUCGAUGCUGUUGACACGGUGCUUGGUUAUAUCCAAGAUCAUAACAUUAGCUGCAAAGAGGCCCUUUUCAUUGCGCUGAUUCAACAUUAUGGAAAAGCCAAUUUGGUUGAUAAGGCGAUUGGGCUUUUCCAUAGAAUGACUUCUUUCAACACAGUCCGCACUAUACAGUCUUUCAAUACGAUUAUUAAUAUUCUUAUUGAUAACGACAGGUUUCCUGAUGCCAAUAACUUAUUUGAUAGGGGCCAUAAUCUGGGUUUUCGAUUAAAUUCUGUAUCAUUUAAUGUGAUGAUCAAGUGGUGGUUACAGAAGGGCGAGUGGGAGGAGGCAUGCAAGGUGUUUGAGGAAAUGCUUGAGAGGGAAGUGCAGCCAACUGUUGUGACUUAUAACAGUCUUAUAGGGUAUUUGUGCCGGAAGGGAGACUUAGAUAAAGCAAAGGCUUUGCUUGAGGACAUGAUCAAGAAAAAGAUAUACCCCAAUGCUGUGACAUAUGCGUUAUUGAUGGAAGGUUUAUGCUCAAAAGAAGAGUAUGCAGAGGCCAAGAAGGUGAUGUUUGAUAUGGAGUAUCGAGGAUGCAAACCGCGGCUUAUUAACUUUGGUGUCUUGAUGAAUGAUCUGGGAAAGAGAGGAAAGUUUGAGGAAGCAAAAUCUUUGCUUGUUGAGAUGAAGAAGAGGCGGUUUAAGCCUGAUGUCGUUACUUAUAAUAUACUGAUUAAUUAUAUUUGCAAGGAGGGAAGGGUGGAGGAGGCCAACAAAGUUUUGACUGAGAUGCAGGUUAAGGGCUGUCCUCCCAAUGCGGCCACUUUUCGAAUGAUGGUUGAUGGGUUUUGCAAGGUUGGUGAUUUCGUGGGAGGUCUGAAGGUUUUGAAUGCCAUGUUGACAAGUAAUCACUGCCCACGCUUGGAAACUUUUGGUUGCAUGAUUUUGGGGCUUGUGAAGUGCGGGAAGAUUGAUGAGGCUUGCUUUGUCAUGGAGCAGAUGGUAAAGAAAAAGAUGAGGCUUGGUUUAGAGGAUUGGGAAGCUAUAGUUGGAGAUAUUUGUGGUGAAGACACAGAUGCAAGGGAAAUUGUUUCUGAACUCAUUUCAGCCGCAUAAUAGCGCCAGGAACAGAAGAUCAUCACCAUAUGGCAUGUUGUUGGUUAAGUGCUUGUCCGAUCAGUAUCAUCGUUUCAUUGCUUGGACUUGGAAUGAAUAUGAGAGAAUGGAGAUUUUAUAUGAAGAUAUUUAUGGUGAGUCAGUCACUGGUGGCUUUGUCCAUGACUAGACACAUCUUGCAAACUUUCGAGGUCCAUGGCAUUCGGCUAUGAGAAAGUAGUUGGUCAUUUGUUGUGGAACGAAAUGGAGAUGAAAAUUUGGAAAGCUCAGAAAUUCUACCGCUAAUAUUUGGGAUGACGUACAGGUGGGCUUGUAAUUGAUCUAUGACUCCCUAUGAACAGCACCAUGGAAAGAGGUCUGGUACUUGAAACAUACGCCAUUGUAGAUGGGUUAUGAAUGCCAAGGCCAUAAGUUUGUUCUAGAUGGCCUCUUAGGCUCGGUGCAUAAUUUUUUUUUUAUGGCAUUGUGUAUUAAAGAUCCGGAAAGAUGUGAGGAUUCUUCCUUCUUUAUAAAUCCGAUGUGGGUUUUUUCUUCUAUCCACAGAAACCCAUAGAUUGUUUUGGGGUUUGGAUUUAUGACAUUGUGGACACAUAAAUCAUCCUUGAAGUUGAUAGACUUGCAGUUGCAGGGGAUCGCUUGUAUUCAUAUUUUUUUUUUUUUUUUUUGAGAAGAAAUGUAGACUUCAUUAAACCAAACUGGGGUUAUGGUCCGAAUCAAGAACAAUUCUAAGGAA